AUGGAGGUGGCCCUGCCCAGGGACCUGGAGCAGCACGCUAGCCUGGCCAAGAGGAGACACGCGGAGCUGUGCAGGCAGCGACAGAUCUUCAACGCCAGGAACAGGAUCGUCGGGGGAGACACAGGAGCCUGGGAUGUUCAAGUUCAUGAUCAGAAGAUAAAAGAAGCAACUGAAAAAGCUAGACAUGAAACCUUUGCUGCUGAAAUGAGACAAAAUGACAAAAUCAUGUGCGUAUUAGAAGACCAGGAAAGGAGAGAUAGGAAAAAUCUCUGUAGAGUUAUCAGUGACUUCCAACAGAGCUUUCAGAAGCCAGAAACUCGCCGUGAAUUUGAUCUAUCUGACCCCCUAGUCCUUAAGAAAGAUCUUCCAGCCCGGCAGUCAGAUAAUGAUAUUCGGAAUACAAUAUCGGGAAUGCAGAAAUUCAUGGGGGAGGAUUUAAACUUCCAUGAGAGAAAUGCUCGUAUUAACCAAAACCGUGCAGAGGACUUCCACACAGAGACAAGGCUGCAGUUUGAUGAAACAGCCAAGCACCUACAGAAGCUGGAAAGCGCCACCAGAAAGGCAGUUUGUGCAGCUGUGAAAGAGUUCAACAAGAACCAGGCCAUGGAGGCAGCAGAAAAGAAAAAGCAAGAGAGAAAACAAGAACAAGAGGACAACCUGUCCGAGAUCGCCAACCUGCUGCGUGGGGACCUGCUCUCUGAGAACCCACAGCAGGCAGCCAGUUCCUUCGGGCCCCACCGCGUGGUCCCCGACCGCUGGAAGGGCAUGACCCAGGAGCAGCUGGAGCAGAUCCGCCUUGUUCAGAAGCAGCAAGUCCAGGAAAAGCUGAGGCUCCAGGAAGAAGAGCGCCAGCGAGACAUGGACUGGGACCAGCGGAGGAUUCAGAGUGCUCGCGCCACCUUGCUGUUUGAACGGCAGCAGCAGCGCUGGCAGCGUGACCUGAGCAGGGCUCUGGACAGCAGCAACCUCAGCCUGGCCAAGGAGCAGCAGCUGCAGAAAAAAUAUAUGAAUGAGGUCUAUGCAAAUCAACCCACAGAAGACUAUUUCACACAAUUUAAUACAACAAGCCGGUAAUAAAAAGGACAUCCUCGUUCCCCUCAUUAAUGUAAGAAGUGAGGCGACCUUAAAAA